CCGAACACUGAUUUUUACGUUAAUCAAAAAGAAAGCCGGCGUUGAGGUCCAUCUAUUUCUACGAGCACCAAACAGCAAACAUGAAGGUUCUGUUGGUCACUGUUGUCAUUUUAAGUGUAAUAAUUCUUGUCACCGCACGACGAGGACCACCAAAGAAAGCUGGCAGAAAAAGUUGGACGGAAUCACGAGGUUUUGGACAGGAACGAGGAUUUGGCGGAGGCCGCGGACGAGGUCGAGGAAAGGGGUCACGUGGUUCCAAAUCACCAGGCUCUGGCCAGGAGCGAGGAUUUGGCAGAAGCAAACCUAGUGGUCGUCCCUUCCCAAAAUUGUUUCCCAAAAUGGCUGAACUAUGUGUGAUGAUCCAGAAUGCCAACUGUUCCGAUUCUGCACUUCCUGCAAGAGAAAUAUGUGACGUCAACGGUGACGUGUACUCCAACAUCUGUGAGUUCCUUCAAGCCAAAUGUAAAACCCCCGACCUGAAGGUAGUUAGGUGUCCUGAUCCAGCCGAGGACCCAGACGACGGAUCCGGAGAAACCCCAGAAGUCGCACCAACCGAAACCCCUGACGAGACCAAGGCUCCUGAAAUUGUGCCAACUGAAGAAACCAAAGAACCAUAACUCGUGUGUUUUUGUACGUCCGUUCGCUAAUACCUUUCUACCUUUGUAACAAGAGAUCUCACUCAUUAGUUUAAAGGACUCAUCGAAACAUGGAUAUGGUUUGCGUACAAGUGUUCACACGUGAGACAUAUUUUAUGCCGUUGUAUCAAAUUAAAAUGCUACUAGUUUGAGCCAGUAGGUGGGAAACAUUCUUCUUUCACGUACACACCGGUGCCAUCUUCAGAAUCAUUAUUAUAUUGUCUCCAUUUCAGUACCUACUUGUUUGGCGGUAUGUUAUUGUUAAGAGAAUGAGGUGCAGGCCACCUAGUUAUCGUAUUACCUCUUUUUAUACUAU